AUGGGAGCUAUCCUAGGGAAGAGUUGGAGGAGUUGGAGAACCGGCCACUUGAAAAGCUCGCGAAACCGAAACAGGAACAAGGCUGUUGAGAUGAUCUACGUGAAGGCUGGUUUGAGCCCUGAAGAUGCAUCAUUUCUCGCUGGUUUUACUGAAGAGCAGACUAAAAAAAUGUGUCCGCAAGGCUGGGGUAUUGUCAUGACUCUCACAUUUUCGCUGACAAGUUCCGCUGGCGCAUGCCACCUAUUGUUUCUGGGCAGCUGUGCGUUAUCGUCGCCUCCUCCAUCCUCUCCGCCAAAGUCAGCUGAAAUCGAGGAUCACAUCGGUCUCUGCUUCUUCGCCGUGGUCCUGGCCUGUAUUGGUUUCUACCCCAUUCUCCCGGCCACAAAUGCGUGGACACUCAACAAUCUUGCUGGCGAAAGGAAACGAAGGAAACGCUCCAUUGGCAUCGCAUUCAUGAUUUCCUUGGGAAACUGCGGAGGAAUUCCCGGGAUCGUUCAUCUUCCUUGA